AUGGAGGAGGAUAACACCAAGCUACUACAAACUUACAAAAAGGACCUGGAAUCGUACAGCACUCAGCUAAAAUCGCAAGUGCAAGAAUGCAAGAUAGCCCUUCAGCGUGGCUUUGACAUACAAAUCUACGACACAGGAUGUGAGAUUCAAUCUUUAGUCACUCUCCCCGUUGAACCUAACCUAGGUAAACCUAACGUAGGUACUGCUAGUUUCACUCCCAACAAAAAUCCCCAGAGUCAAUUGAAACAAGCUUUGGGCGAAGUUUACACCUCAGGUCAAGAUCAGGGUCCAGCCUUGCUAGUCCAUGAACUGUCAGUUGGAUCAUCUGCUGGACAAGGAUCAGUUAAUACACAACAUAGUUCAGAAACAAAAGGCAGAAUACCAACCACACAAAAGCAGACAGGACGAAAGGUUAAGGUAUCAGCCACACAACAAAAGUCCACAGGAAGAGAGGAAGUGGCCAGGCCAGUAUAUACCCUUUUGGCUACGACCAAGGUGUUAGGGGAAUGGAAUUCGUCAUGUGUUAUAUCUUCUGUAUGUCCAAGCACUGAUGGUCAGGUGUGGACAAGUGACGGUCACACCUUAACUUUACUGGACAGGAAGGGCGAAGUGAUACAGAAGGUUACGCACAAUACUAGGAUCAGUGACAUCAGUUUGUCAACAACAACAAACACACUGUGGGUCUGUGACUGGGAAAACAACAUCACAGAGCUCGUGUCAGGACGACUAGUACAGCGAUUCAUUACCACGGAGAACCCACAGUGUAUCUGUAUCACAGCUAGUAGCCAUGUCAUUGUGGGAAUGGACAAACACAUCUCAAAAUAUACCACCAAAGGUGUAUUGAUACAAAAGUCAUCGGCUGUUAGGGUUGGGAGGCUAUUACUGUGUGUUACACACAGUAUCUCAGAGUGUCCUGUAACUCACAAUGUCGCAGUGCCUUACCAGUGUGUUAUACAUGAGGGUGGUGCAGGGAAACCACGUGUUAUUGUCAUGGACACCCACCUCAAGGAACUAUUUGCAUAUCAUGGUGAAAUUCCACAUACAUAUCAGCAACUCUCACAGUCAGCAGAUGAACCUUUUAUUCCCUAUGGUGUGGUGUAUGACAGUGUGGGUAACCUAGUCAUAGGGGACCAUUACAACACACGUGUCCUACUCAUCAGUGGGCGUGGUGAGUUUCUCAGGAUAAUACACAGCGACAACAACAUGCCACGGGCUGUUGGUGUAGACAGGGAGGAUGCCCUGUGGGCAGUGUUUGGGUAUAACAGUGUCAAACUUCUAAAGUACAACUGUGCGCAGGACAAACAGCAAUGUAUUAUCUCGUAA